AUGUCUAAGCCAGCUAUCGGUUUCGUUGGCCUAGGAGCCAUGGGCUUCGGUAUGGCCACCCACCUCGUGAAAGAGGGAUACCCCGUUCACGGAUUCGACGUGUUCCCCGCAUCAGUUGAGAAAUUCAAGAAUGCUGGCGGGAUCCCUGCUUCCUCAUUGGGGGAAUCAGCAAGCGAGAAGCAGUACUAUAUUUGCAUGGUCGCAUCAGCUCCGCAAGUCCAGUCCGUUUUGUUCGGCGAUGACGGCAUUGUUGCUGGUCUUCCUCAAAAUGCGACCCUCAUCUUAUGCUCAACAGUCUCGGCUUCGUAUGUGCGGUCCGUCGCUGAAGAUCUAGUUCAACGUGGCCGUGGAGAUAUUCACUUUAUUGAUGCGCCGGUCUCGGGUGGUGCUUUGCGCGCUGCCAAUGGAACCCUUUCUAUCAUGGCUGGUGGACCAGAUGAAGCUCUGGAGAGUGGACGAUUUCUUCUCGAGGCUAUGUCUGAUACCAGCAAGUUGUACUUGGUGCCUGGUGGCAUUGGUGCAGGAAGUAACAUGAAGAUGGUGCACCAGGUUCUUGCGGGCAUCCACAUUCUCGGUGCCAGUGAGGCAAUGGGCUUUGCAGCACAGCUGGGCUUGCAUGCAGAUACCACCGCCGAAGCUAUCAAAGAGUCUAGCGCGUGGACGUGGAUGCACGAGAACCGCCUGCAACGUAUGCUGGAGGAAGACUGGAACCCUGGUGCUAGCGCGCUGACAAUUAUCCUCAAGGAUGUUGGAAUCAUUACCACCUCCGCUCGCCAGAACCAUUUCCCCACUCCUCUUUGCUCAACAGCUGAGCAGGUCUACCUCGGAGCUCUUUUGCAAGGCUAUGGAUCUAUGGAUGACUCAUCUAUGGUUCGCCAAUACUUCCCCACUCCUAUCAUGGAAGUCACGAAUAGCAAGAUGUUAGAGGAGGAGGUUGAAUUGCGCCAAUUAGUUCUGGAUAUGAUGGAGGUGACAAACCUGGUCGCGGCGGCUGAAGCCAUUGCAUUUGCGCGUUAUCUCAAGGUUGAUCUUCAGCAAUUCUUUGCGCUUGUCAGUAAUGCUGCCGGCUCUAGCCGUCAAUUUAUGACAAGGGGAUUGGAGAUGAUUGAAGGCAAUAUCGACAUGCAAGCUGGAUCGGAGAAAAUCGAUCAUGCCAUCCUACGAUUGGAAAGAGCUGUGCAAAAGGCGAGAGACCUACAUUGCCCACUGCAUCUUGGAAAUGCGGCACUCAAUACACUGUUUUUGGCUAAGCGGGCUGGUUUUGGUGAUGAAAGCACUGUCAGCGUUAUGCAAGUUUAUGGUCUUGGAUUGUAG